UUGAGAGUUGUUUUGUUGACUUCAUGGCGUUUUACUCGCAGUUUGGAGCGCCGCCCGCAGGUCUGAUCUGCAGGAUCUCAGAAAACUGAGCAACACUCCAGUGGUGACAGAUCAAGGUCCGAGAAAAACACGCCUGUAUUACUCAGCAGUCACGACCCACGGGCUUGUGUUUCAGGAGUGAUUUUCUGUUAAAUAUCAGCUCGUUUCUUCUUGCACCGCAGAAGUUUGGAGAGGAAAUCCUCUUUAGUGCGGAGGGGCGCGGUGAGCUGCAGCUGCAAACAAUGUUCCCCAAGAUUGUGCUCUUCUCUCGGACUCUGAGGAACCCCGGCGUCGUUCCUGGAGCUCUGAGAGUCCUGCAGAGACCGUGGACACGCCGAAGUGGACUACCUGCAGCGAGCAGGUGAGUUUCGAGCAUUAAAACACUUUGAUUGCUCUCAUUUAGAGUAAAUAUAAGAAGUUUAGUUAAAAGUAUUUUCCUGCAGACAAGAUUGAGGGAAUAUUCUAACAAGGCAAAACUCCUUAAGUUUGUUGGUCACAUUUUUCAUUUUAACCUCUUAGUUUGAAGUCAACUUGGAUAUGCACUUAUAUGUAUGUCUUUUUUAAUAGAUGUUUCUCUUUUUUGUGGAAUGGCAUAAUCUCUUUUCGUGGGAGGUGAAAGGAAAGGGAACAGGCGUGAGAAUUGUCAUGUAUCGUAUCGUACAUUGUGUCAUUUUUAAUCGUAUCGUAUUUCAUAAUGAUCGAAUCAUUUUGUAUCACCCAUUCUCUGAGAAAAAUUUAAGUUUUGUGGCAUUUCCUUUAACGCAUCUUGUCUUUUGGACUCUGAAUUUCACAGGUAAGUGUUACAAACUCAUGAAUUUCACCAUAAAGUUGAUAAGAGCUGCUUACACAAAGAAAUGCUACAAACACAGACACGUACAGCUAUCAUAUAUUGUAGUCACAUCUGGUACAUUUCUCUUCAAAACAAGUACCUUUAGUGGGUAAAGCUGCACUUUUAUUUUCGCAUUGAGGAGAUUUGAAAUAAAAGACUUGUAUUAAGUCUUGAGUGUUGUUUCAGGCCUGUUUGUGCUUUUACUUUGAAGGCUCUAAGUACUUAUUCAGAUUCUGAGAUUAUUCUGUUUGUCUACAGAAGUUUGGGAGACACACAAGAAUGUCCUGCAGUCAAGUUACAACUAAGGAAAGCUGCAGUCGUGUAAUAUUAGCUUUUUGAGUCACAGUGAGAAAGGUAAAAUAGGUCGAACCAAGACAAGGCUUACAGAGAGGCAGGGCUGACGGCUGCUCUGACCUUAGGGGCCCUAACAAGCUCUCUGGGAGGGUCCGCAAGUGUUUUUUCUCCAGACUGCUGUUUCAACUUUGAGAACAUUGGGGCUUUCGAGGACAACAUACCAGUCUUACAGGUUCAUGCCAGAAUCAGUAGUUUCUGCUGUUUCAUCUGUGAAAUCGCAUCUAAUCUGUCUCUGCAUGAGCAGCUUUUACUCAGACUCAGGACACUGAAAAUACAGAGUCAAUGUUUCUGAAUUUCAUCAAUCAAAAGUGAACUAAUCUGAGGUGAUACACUUAUCCUGCUAACAGCAAAAGCUCCAGUCCUGUUAAAGGGAUAUUCUGGCCUAAAAAUAAUUUAGGUUCAAACCAUAGACCGUAAUUUCUUUAUCAUUUCCUUGAAGUAAUAAUCACCAUAACAAUUAUUUUGUACUGCAGACGCGGUAGUUCUUCUGCCUUAGCGUCUCGAUCUGAUUGUAUUUCCAUGAAGAAAUUAUCAUAAAUGUUCUUCCUUGAGCUGCGAAACUCCGCUGUAGUCCGUACUGGACUGGUCUAAGGUCUCGCCACAAACAAGCGUCUGCUGGAAGAGAGUAGGUGAGUUGUGUUUAGUCUCUUUGCUAAAGAAAUGAGUCAAAGUUAAAAAGAUGUUUGGUGGCUAGUACUAUGGCUGGGAUCUUUUAUGUCCUGUUGAUGAAGUCAGGUGCUGUUCCGAGCAUUAUUUGUGGCUAUAGAGUGGCAUUUUGUUUGAGCGAGUGGCUCUCUGGGUUGCGUGAGGUCGUUACUAAAGUUGGUAUAACUAGAGAAGCAAGCGGUCGGCAAAAUUCACCUCCCGCGACGGGCUGUGUCUCUCUGUGUUACGGUGUGUUUGAUCCUAAAUUAAUGUGUCCCUUUAAGUGCAGAGAGGACUGAAAUCUCAGCUCAGUGAAUGGAGGGUUCGUACAAAAAUGCAUUAUGGGAGUUGAAGUUUAUAACAACAUUGUUUUAAUAAUUUCCCUGCAGAGGCAUCCAUGUGGACUCUCCGCCAACCAUCCCCACCCUCACUACCAGCUAUGCCCAUGGCACCUCCUCCUUUCCCCUCGUCCAUUACACGAUGGCAGAAGCCCUGCAGAGGACCGUAGAACGAGUCCCCGACAAAGAGGCCAUGGUUUUUGUGCAAGAUGGAGUCCGCAAGACGUUCGCACAGUUUCAGCAGGACGUGAGUUUGUUUUAUGCAAAGCUGGUGUCUUCCUGUAUCUCGAAGCUGUCAGUUUGCUGUAGUUUUGGCUCCCCCUGUUGAACAAGCUGUACUUUUAAUCUGUAAAUUAGUCGUGUAGACACGGCUUCUAAUUGGUCGACUGACAAACAAAGAUCGCAGCCUUUUAUUCGUAUGGUCAGCUGUCAACAUAAACCCCACAGUUUCUCUAAAAUUAAUACAAAGAUCAUCGCAGACGUCAUUGUGUUUGAGGGCUCGGUCUCUGAGACUCACUGAACUUCUGUGUGGGAUAGAAAAUCUCCUAGUGUUGAAGCCUGAAAGCUGCCGGUCUCACUCACUGAGUAGAUUUUAAACAGUUUUUAGAGCUGAUAUUGUGAGCUGGAAAUGAACCACAGCAAAGCCAAGUUAAAGUGUUAGCUUCAGGCUCUUAUUUUACACAAAGAUCCUUAUAAAUCGAUUUAAGUUCAGGGCGUUUGGACAUAUUCGAUCACUCUAAAUGAUAAUAUGAGUGACCUCUAAUUUCCUGUGUCAAAUAACUGAGACUUCUCUUUUUCUGUUUUAUUGCUGACUCAUCAAUCCACGCAGUUGUUGACACUGUGGCGUUAAAGGUAACUGGAGCUUUGACAGACAUGUUUUACUGCUCUUCUUUUCCACUAAAGGUCAUACAGGGUAGAAAGUCUCGUCGUUACUGACAGUAACAUGUCACUGUGUCAGUUGGGGGAAAAAAGUCAGAUUGCGUGUUCAGUCCUGUUCAGUCUGCAACCUUUCACCCAGUUAUCUGGAAAAGCUCUCCGCUGGGUCAGACUAACCCGAAAUUCGACACUUCUCAAAACUCAAAGUUCAGAUCGUCACUGUCAGACAUCAGCGCUUUGUCGGGGUUCUGCUUCAUAAUGUUAAAUGUGAUUCUCUGAGGGUUUUUCAGCUGACCGAAAUUAACAUUAUUGCGUCUUAGCGAUCAUUAAAAGCAAAUGAGUCCAUCAGACUUACAGUUUGUAUAUUAUGAUUUUUAAGUCCUGUAAACACUGUGACGGGGCAGGCUGAGGAAAAACAGCCUUUUUUAACUGACUUUGGGUCGUAUAUGGAACUGAAUUUGAAAUUUGACAGAAACAAAUAAGGCUGCACGAUAUUGAAAAAAAAAUCACAUUGCAAUUUUUUUCAACCCUGCGAUAGAUAAUGCGAUAUUAAAAAAUGCUGCACUGCUGAAAUCUUGAGGACAGUUAAUCUGCACUGAUCUUACCUCUUGUUGUGAAUGUUAGUAGAAUGGCUUUUGUCUGUCUUAGAGAUCUUUUUAGCUUUUUAUUGUGCUGGGACGUUAUUGUGGCAACAGAUGAACACAGAACACAUGUUUUGGUCGACAUCAUUCCUCUUGUAACCGAAAUAUUUCCAGUUAACUGACGUUGCUUUUCUUUCAGUCUUCAUUUUCGGUGGUUUUCUUUUUUUCUUUGUCGUUUUGCGAUCGUUGUUGUUGUUACCGUUGUUGUGCCGAGAAAUGCAAGCCCACCGAGAAUUGCAUGCAUACACCUCGCAAAACACGCACCACUUAUAGUAGAGUGGUCCACGGAAAUGUAAAGUUUAAAACCCAUACAGUUCUUAUUUUUUGGGCUAAACAGCGAUGAGUAAUGUUACGAAAGUAAAGGGCGUGAUUUGGUGGAUUGCUGCACAGCACAUGCAGAAUCACAUGCAGUGUGUCUCAGUCAGCUAUGCUUGAAAUUAGAUGAGUUCAUUCGCCUCUGACAUCGCAGGCUCUGCAAUGUGACUAUCACACACACGUACAUCGUGAUGAUGAUGCUCAAAUGAUAUAUCGUUUGAGCAUCGCCCUAAUAACAAAGAAGCAAACAGAAUUGAACUAAAGAUUCUGUUCAUACGCUGGAAAAGGAAAGGGAAGGAAAUUUCACUGAUAAAAGAAAGCUGGGUAAAAAUUUCCACCAGAAAACACACCUUUACGUCUUAAGACUCAUUUAUGUCCAACAUGAGACAUGCAUACAGAGAAAACCAAAGUUCUGACGUUUGCUCAUUUUGUUCGUAUUUCUGCGAGCUUGUGGAUACAGACCAAAUGCUGCAGUACCACCCAAACUGUGGGGGCAGUAAUUAAAACAAUAGACUGUGUAAAGAUUGAAAAAUAACGUCAUAAUGGUCCAUCUUUGAAUAAAGUUUUUAAACGGGUCACUGAUGGCCGCUGAGACCUCGUCAGGUCUUCAUAAAGGUCACAGUCAGCUGUGCAAAAAGGCUCGUUUUAUUUAUACAGCAGUUUCCACAGACUUUAAAUCACUUUAAAUCGAAAAUCUAAAACAAGAAAUGAGAUGAUGAAAAAUAAAGGUAAAUUAAUAUUAAAUCAAAAAAGGAAAAAGCAGGUAUAGUAGUCUUACGAUGACGAGGAGGGUCUCUCACCUUGAAUGUGGCGUCUUGCUCAAAAACAAGGAAGUGUUUCCUCAUCAAUACAAAGAGAAAGAAGAAGAAGAGGAAGGAUGGAAAGAAAGAACUGGCAGUAUAAGAGCAGACAAACCUCAGAUUAACAGCAGAUGAAGAGGAGGAGGAGGAAGAGAAAUAUCCGUCUGGAUGUUUCUUGUUUUCUUCUGUAAAAAAACUGCAUUUGAUUUUACUUUGCUGACUGUUUUAUCUAGAAACUGGGUGUUAAACAGGGUUUAAUCAUGAAAAGCUUUUAUUUGUUUAACAUCGUUGAACUGGGUGAACUCCGAGUCUGAGGGAGUUUUGAACUUUGCUCUGAUUUAUGAGGGACAGACAAGAAAACCAUGGACGGCCUAGUUAUUUUAUAAGAGAUGUGUUUGAAAAGUAUUAGGGUUAAAAAAUCCAGUUAAAGGGAGUCUGAUAUCUUCAUAUUUCUCCAGCAAUCCAUGUAUGAACUACAGUGUUUUAUUCCAAGGAUGUAUUUGAGGGGGAUGAUUAAUAAUAAUAAUAAUAAUAAUAAUAGCCGAAAUAAGAUAAAAGAUGACAGAUCAAAGAUUUAUCUCGUGGAUGAAUGAAUUUGUAUGAAAGGACGCCUCUCACAGCUUCUAACUCCAUACACCGUGUGUGUUUCAAAGUCAGAGAUCCAGUCAGUACAGACUUGUUAAACUCGUCUCUUUGCGUCUAAAAUGUCUCUGUAGGUCGACCGAGCUGCUGCCGGGCUGCUGGCUCUGGGACUGACCAAAGGAGACCGGCUCGGUAUGUGGGGCCCCAACACCUACGAAUGGAUCCUGAUGCAGUUUGCUACGGCCAAAGCUGGGAUAAUAAUGGUGAGUAAAGCUGCAGCAGUGUGAACGAGGACUCACAGAGUGAUGGACCCUCUCUGAUGUGCACAAAACCAUCACCACAGAAAUCCUCUGUCUCGUACAGGUCGCUGUGAACCCGGCGUACCAGCAGCAGGAGGUGGAGUUUGCGUUGAGACAGGUGUGUAACUCUUAUAAACCUGUUGGUUUUUCAGGGACUCAACACUGAGAUGAAUCCUCUUCUCUUUUUCCCACAGUCUGGCUGUAAGGCCGUCGUGUGUCUCUCUCAGUUUAAAACUCAGAAGUACUGCGAUAUGCUGAGAAGAAUUUGUCCAGAGAUCGAGACGUCCACACCAGGAGACAUCAGGAGCACCAGGUACAGCUUUCAGUUGACAUGGCAAACGAAACUUUAGUUCUGCAGCAGGUAAUUUAAAAAUAAAUUAAACUUUAUUUUUAUGGCAAUUUUCUGAUAAAAAAUGUAGUUCAAAGUGUCUCACAGAGGCUAAAAACAACAAUGAACAACAAUAAAACCCACACCUCACACACACCCACACACACUCACCCCCACACACAUACGCUCACUCACUCACUCACUCACACACUCACCCCCACACAGUGUGAGAAUUUAAGAUAUUUUGUAAGAGACACAUGGCCUGAAACCGCGAUAUUACGUGAGGAAAGAGCUACUUUUGAGAAACACUGGAGAUAAAAGAUAAAAAUGGUAAAAAGACUCAAACCUGCUGGACUAAAACAAGAAAAUAAUAUUAAAUGAACAGAUCAGUAAGAGCUCUUAACCAUAUAAAAAAGGGUAAAAGAAGUAAAAACCUUUGACGGGAAUUAAGAAAAAGACUAAGAACAGAGGUAAUUAAUGAAAUGACAUAAAAUAAACAAUAAGAACUUUGAUUAAAAUGAACAUUUGCAGUAAGAGAAACAUAAAAAGGCAAUUAUUAAAAAGCCGAGUUAAAAAGGUGGGUCUUGAGCCUCUUCUUAAAAACGUCAACAGUCUCUGCGGCCCUGAACCAAACCAUAAAAACUAUUCCCUCGGUCUGUUUCCCCCCUCAGACUCCCAGAGCUCCGUGCUGUGAUCGUUCUGGACAGUCGUCAGCCAGGAAUGCUGCAUUUUGAGGACGUGAUGGAGGCGGGGAGCAGCCAGUACGUACAGCAGCUGCAGGAUCUGCAGAGAAAGAUCUCCUUCGAUGACCCCAUAAACAUCCUGUUCACUUCGGUAACCGUUGCCUAACGCCUGCUGACCAUGAAUAAUCUCAACCCUGAUGGGUUCAGUGAAAGUUGAAACCUGACUUCUGAAAAAAAUAGGGAUGAGGAAGUGGAAGGUUUUCCUUCGUGUUCUUUUGGAUCACAGCUCCUGAACUUUAACUUUAAGUUCCUGCACAGUCAUCAUUCACACAAGUGUGUUUUCAGUCGAGUUUGCAUGUUUAUUAAGCUGCUCAGGGUCCGUUGUUAUCAUACUGUUCAUAAGUAUUACAGAUGAAUCAAACAUAACAGUGAUUCUCUGUGUAUAUUUGUAUUUGUGUGAACAGGGAACAACUGGAACUCCGAAAGGUGCCACUCUGUCUCAUCACAACAUCGUCAACAACGGCUUCUACACAGGCCUCAGAGUGGGGUACGCCUGGAGGGUGAGUCUGCAACGGCAAACUCUUACACACACCGGGCCUCAUUUACCAGCCACUCUGUCAUGCUUUUUUAAAGUAGAUUCAGACAUCCAUCAAUGCUUUAAGUUAUAUUCACAGGCUUUUUUAUGUUGAAAUAAGGAAUGUUAACUUGGGGUCUGACAUAAAGAGGAAUGAUCGGGGGGCUGAUUUUCACAAACAGCAGGAGAGAGUCAAUGCAGCGUAUCACUCUCACACUUUCAGAGGCUGUCUGUAGUUUUAACCCUUUAGUUUCUUUCUUUCCUCCCACAGCCUAACACUCGUAUCUGCAUACCCGUGCCUUUGUACCACUGCUUCGGCUCUGUGGGGGGCGGGGUGUGUAUGGCUGUGCACGGCAUCUCUCUGGUCUUUCCCUCAACCGGCUACGAUGGAAAGGCAAACUUGGCAGCUAUGGAGAGCGAAAGGUAACAAGCUUGGAGUGGAUUCAAGUAUUUGAUUAGUCAGGAUGGAUAGUUUCAGAGAGGUAUUACAAUCAAAUUUUAAAAGGUGUUGAGGACAUGGUUUUAUUUACAAGGUGUGGACUACGCUUUUAUUUGAAGUGCUUAUUUUAUCAUUAAUCUAAAUAAAGCAUUAAUAAAACAACACUACUGUAGCGAGUAAACUAAAUCUUUGUGUUGGGUCUAAAACCUGCAACAAAUGACUGAAAACACACAAAGAGGAGAGACAAUGGUUUUAGAUUUCUAACUCGCGAGGAGAAUGGGCAGAGAUAGUUUCAGUUACAAUCUCAAAACCAUUCUGAAGGUAUCUCUGUCCAGUCUCUUUUAUUUAGGGUUGUCCCUGGUUACACAACGCUGCAUACACUAAAGGAUGGGGGAAACUAUCUGCAGCAGCGUAAGCACUCUCAUAAAACAUAAUAAUGAACAACAGAAAAUGUGUGAGGGUCAAGGCAACAUUGUUGACAUUAAACGAGCUCCUUCUGAUAGGAGCGGAUCCUCCUUAUUACUUCCCAUGAUUCACAGUGGAGGUUACAACACACACACACACCUGCUGAUAGAGGUCAGAGAAGUUAGGAAACACUCAAAUGUGAUGUGUAACAAGAGGUUAAAACAGUUCAUAGUUGUAGCAAACUCUUAAAUAAGAAUUUGAGUAAGAUGAUGACUUCUAUACACAUUUAUACACAUUAUUCUGACACUUUGCAACCAAAACUAGCCUCUACAGACAAUCUGUGCUCUAUUUUGUCUAAUUUCAGACCUAUAUCGAAGCUUCUGUUUAUCUCAAAAAUCCUUGAAAAAGCGGUGCUCCUACAAAUCCAGUCUUAUUUAGAAUAUCACAGAAUUCAAUCGGGUUUUAAAGCAUUUCACAGCACUGAGUCUGCACUUUUAAGGGUUUUUAACUACCUUUUACUGACCACUGACUCUGGUGACUCAACUCUUUUAAUUCUUUUAGACCUAACAGCUGCUCUCUAAAACUUUCACUAUAUUGUCUUUAAGGAGAUAAAAGACUGGAUGGCCUUGAGCUUUUUAAACUUCAAUAAAAACAAAAACAAAAUAAUCCAGUGGGGCCCAGGAGACCCCUCUCAAACCCACAGUUUUAAAUCUUGGUGUAAAGGUCGACAAUGAUUUUAAAUUGGAUCAACAAAUCAACUCUGUUGUUAAAAACAGUUUUUAUCAUUUGAGGCUUUUAUCCGAGAUUAAAUCGGUUUUAUCUUUUCAUGAUUUUGAGCGAGUCAUUCAUGCUUUUAUUUCCACACUUCGGUUGGACGUCUGUGUUAAUCUGUCUUCCCUCACACACUUACAGUUUGUCUGAAAUUCAGGUAAACGAAAACAUGACCACAUCACUCCAAUUCUGGCGUCCGUCCAUUGGCUUCCCGUUCAUUUUAGGAUUCAUUUUCAGCACCACAUUACAUCUCUGACAUCUUACACGUUUAUACGCCCCCACACAUUCCUUGAGGUCUGCUGAUCAGCUCCAACUCGUGGUUCCAGAAACUCUUAACUCUGCGUCUUAAAACUCCUUUUUAUUCCUUGGCUUUUAGCUCAGCGUGAGAGUUGUGUGAUCUUUGUCCUUUUAUGUGUUUUUAUGGUCCUUUUAUCCCUUUUAUUUCUUUUAUACUUUUGUGUUUUUAUUUAAUUUAUUUUAUUUCAUUUUAAAUGUUUUUUACCUGCUUUUAUUUAUUUCAUCUUGAUGUUUUCCAUAGUGUUUGUUCUUUUAAUUUUAUUUUGGUAAACUUGAAUGUUUUUUUAAUUUGCUAUAUAAAUAAAGUUGAUUGGAUUGAGUAAACAGUCUCGAUUUUAAGCUCUAAAUUCCCUUUAUAUGAAGCAGUAGCUGCUUAUUAUUCACGCUUAUUAACGACUACCUUAACGGAUUAUUCCUGUACCUGAACAGACUCGUUCUUCUUCUCUUGUUUUACGGUUCAGCUUCACAGGUGAAAGCUAUCAUUGUGAUUGUAUUGUGUGAAGUUCUUAAGCCGUAAAUUGUCAUUACAUGUUUACAUGACAGGGAACACAGUGUACCGACACGCCUCACCUUUUAAACACACAGAGUUAGAUUUGGUUCUGAUUCAGAAUCGAGUCAGGAGAGCCUUAGCUCCACCUGUCUGAAAGAGACAUUACUGAGAAAUGUAUUUGAUCAAAUACACCAUAAUCCCUCUGUCUUUUCCUCCAUAGCACAGAUUUGUCCUGUAAUUUCUAACCAUUGUGAAAAAGAAGGAGAUACUUCUACUUAUUAGUAAUAUCUCAGUUAAAUGACAAUGUGCAUUACAGACUGAUAUUGUGCAGCUUUAUUUUGAUCAUAGGGAAGCCACAGAAACACUGAAUCUGUACCUGCAAGGAGGUAAUUAGGAAAAAAGCUGUUAAGAUAGUAAAUGAUCCUCCUCACCCACUGUGCGGUGAGUUCGUUAUACUUUGUUCAGGCAGACGUUAUUAAGUACCUGAAUGAUAGCAGGCCUACGUCUCGUUAGAUCUGCCUGUUAUGUUCAGUACAUGCCACUGUUGUCCUCCUUCUUUUGCUGCCAAAAUGUUUUGUGUGUAUUUGUUUGUCUGUUGCUGCUGUCCUUGUUGCUGUUGAUCUGUUUUUUUGAGACUAAAGACAAAUUUCCACUUGUGGACAAUACACUAACUAACUACCUCACAGGUGCAACUUCAUCUACGGCACCCCGACCAUGUAUGUGGAUUUGUUGAGUCAGCCCGACUUCGCUAAAUAUGAUCUGUCGACCGUCGAGGCAGGUGAGACAAAGACUUAGAGUCAGGUAAUGUCGACAAAGCUUAUAAAACCUGCUUGAAGCUGCACUCAUGAUGAUUGUCUGAUUGUUGCUCUCCUGCAGGCAUCAUGGCGGGCUCCCCUUGUCCUUCUGAACUGGUUAAGAAGCUUAUCGCCGUGGGCAUCAAGCAAAUAACUGUGAGUGAACCUCGAUUCAGUCAAAUCUUUUUAUGGUUUAAUUCAUAUUAUAAGGGAAUCAAGCUCAUGUCAAUCAGCAGCUGUCGUACAAAAUGUGCUCAACUUUGGUACAAUGAUGCAAUUUAGCUUUCACACACUAGGGGGAGACACAGUCCAAGAAUAGCAGCUUUGAUUCAUGCAUUUUGUAGAGAGGAAAAAACGAAGUAUUUGAGACAAAAACUGGCGUCAUUUUGUAAAAUAUUUAUUGGAUGUGAGAGCUGGAUGUCACUUCCAAAGGUCCAGGAAAUGUAGAGAUAUUUGAAUAUACAGAAGAUAAACAAAAAGUCAGAAACUUACGUAAACUGUGCAACAAGUUGUUCACUUUUUAAGUGAACAGUGAUGAAAAUAUGAAGACUGAUGUGGAUAUUUGCAUAUAAAAUACAUUCAAUAUGGGAGAAAACUGCAGUGACUGUCAGAGAGAGCUUGUAUAUUGUAUGAAAUGGUCCACGUAUGAAGGUCAAACAUGGAUGUAGAGAGUAAAGGAAAAGUCAAAACGAGUCAGCUCCUCAAACUUUAGAGGAGCUUCUUUUCACCUGUGUGAUCAUAUUGUGUUAAUAAACCAUGAAGGUAAAUGAGCAUCACCUGUUUUAGAAACCAACGGCGGAUUAAGGAUCCGGUCUUGAUGCUGAUGUCCUGGUUUGCUUUUGUAACUCACAGGGAGGCAUCAACUUUAAUUUAACUUUUUUUUUUACUCUGCUUUAAAGCUGCAGUGAGGAUUUUUCAGUUUGUGUUAACUUUGGCGCCCCCUGUGGAAAAAGAUAUGUAUUGUGUAACUGUAUUAAUAUUUACUGUUUACACCGACACUCUUACGGCGUUUUCAGGCAUGAAAAAUAGAGAUUUGUAAUCGGUCUUGUUUUAUUCUUGUUUGUUCUUCUAGAUCGUAAAAAAUCAUCAAUCUUAAUCCAAUUGUUUCUCGACCUUUAAAAACCUCCUCACAGGAGCUUCAAAAACGAGAACUUUCCUACCCUCAGCCUGAGCCGUCAUCUUUAAUAUACAUGAAAUAAAAGCAAAGUCUGUGAAGUUUUUCCUGCAUGUGAGUGUAACAGGGACAGACGGAGUGUGUGUGUGUGUGAACGUAUGAAUGUGUUUGUCUGUGUUAAAGCCGGUGACAUCAUGUGGCGGACGAAUAGACAGACAGUCUUGAAGUAGAGUUAGUUAGCAUUUCUUUAGUCGCAUGUUUAGCCGGUCACCUGGACAGGCUCCUCCUCAGCGUCUCCUGUGGAAAAGACACAAAAAUCAGCAGCCAAAUCAAACAGUCUGCCUUCCAAACAGAGACCCCAUGACCUGGACUCGGAGCGCUGGACCCCAGGGCCAACGUGGAAAAGUUCAGACAGGGACAGAGGGUGGGACGGGGAGUUCUGUGGUCUGGAAGAGAAAAUGAUGCAGUCGACUAUGGGCCACACCAAAACCACCGUAAAUGUCUUAUUGUUCAGAACUCCAGCUGGAAAGCCUCGCAGCAGACCAUCAGAGGAAGGGUGUGACUUUGGCCGGAGAGAAGAACAAAAGUCCAACUGAGAGUUUGUGCAAAGGUAGUGAUCAGAGAGGGCGUCACUGAAAAAAGGUUUUAUCUCAGAGUUUGAAUUCAAUCAGAGGUGGAGUGUCUCAGGAGGUUUAUUUGAGUCAUCACUGAUCACUAAAUGUCCAGAAAGAUAGAAAGUAGAGUUUCUCAGAGGAUAAAGAGUUAUGGGAACUAUUACUAAGUUCGUAGGCGUUUGAUAUGAUGAUUUACAGGAUCCUGAAAACUUUUUAUCACUAAUUUUUUAGUCUGUUUUUGUAAUUCAAGGUCUUGGUUUUACCUUUUAUCAAGACCAUAGACUCUAUAUAGAAUGGACGGCGUCUGCCAUAAUUUUUUUUCCCCCCUGCAGCUCUGUUUUCAAAAGUUAUUAGGGGGUUCAUGUUUUCUAUGAUUGACACUUGAUACAGCCUAUGGGCGUAUGAAGACUGCGUAGCUCAGCCGCGAAUACGCUGUUUGAGCCGAGCGUCAUCACAGCGACUCUCGGCGACACUCCCGCCAGAUGCGUACAAUGCUACUGCGCAAUGUCGGUGUCAGGAAGUGGAGAAAAAAACGCAGAAUUACCGAGAGAUUUUUGGCUUCAAACCGUAUACUGGCAGAAGGUGGAAUCAAGUUGUCCAGAGUAAAUACGGUCUAUGAUCUAGACCUAGUGAGGAAUUUGUGUUGACUUUGGCGCCCCCUGUGACAAAGCACUCUCAGUCCAUCCUGUCUUCUACUUAUGUAAACGAUGUCUUUAGACAAAAAAGUACCAUCCUGCUGACAGUUUUUUGACAGUCAAAUUGAACUUCUCUCUGUUUCGUCAAUGUCAGAAAACUCGAACUGGAGCUUUAAUAAGCGUUAAAUUUAGAGGUGUCUUACAUAUUUAAGCACAUUUUGAACAAGACCUGUGAGAUUUGUGGAUUAGCUUGUCUAUCAGGUAUUAUGUGGCAUUUGCAGCGGUGUAAUACACGAAUUCAAGCACCAUGAACAUUUCAGAAAAGAGGAAAAUGAUCAGGAAGUAAAAGUUUGAGAAUUUGGGCUCUAAAUUUUUCCCCUUAAGAAGCAAAUUUAGAUGAUUUUAAAAAGUUAAAAUGCUCCUAAUCUAGAAUUAUAUGUUCAAAUAUGCCACGCCCUCUUGUGCUGCUGCAAAUCAGUGGUCGGGAUUUUUCUUUGUUUGGGCCUCAAAAAGCCAAAAAAUCUGAUUUUUUUUUAAACGUGUGCAUCAACCUUGAGUUGUCUCUGAUGCCCCCUGCUGGUAGUGUAAAAAAAGAGAGCAAUUCCAAAGCCAUGUAGUGUCCCAUAUAUUAAGAAUAACUCCGUCUAUGACUACAAGAAUUACUACUGAGAACUAGUUUAGCCUAGAAAGGAACUUAAAAAGAGGGGAGGUGUAAGCCUGGCCUCUUCUGGCUCUCUCUGGUGGUAAAAAUCUCCGAGCAGCAACAUUAAAACUGACUCACUGACAUGUUUUAUAGUCUUUGUUGUGUUUGUAGACUCUUCUUAAGGUCCUUACACACCGGGCGAGAAUUCGCCAGGCGAAUUAUUCGCCUUUUUUUAAAACAGCAUAAAGUCAAUGCAAGCUUCCACACCGGCGGCGAUUUUUCCGCGGGGCGAAAAGCCGCUUUUAUUUUUUCGCUCCUGUGUCGAAUUUUUCGGAUAUUCGCAGGCGAAUAUCUGGACCUGCUAGACCUCUGGCCAAUCAAAAGUCAUGUUGUUGAUGACGUCACAGACCCAUACGGCUGGAGGAGAGGGAGAAGUUUGAGAUUAUGAAUACGCAGAGAAAGACAGCUGAGGUGCAUCCAAAACUCUUUCUAAUUACUAAUGAAGUAGUUUCCUCACAAGAUAACACUCUCUUGUCUUCCACAUCUCCUCUCCUCCGUGCCGCAAAGCGACUUAAUUAAUUCGCUUUGCAAAAAAUAUACGCAUAUUCGCUUCGAGCCCGGUGUGUAUAGGCGAAAGCGAUUUUUCGGACCGGCGAAUAUUCGCAAUUUUCGUCUCGCUUUUUCGCUUCGCUCCGCACAUUCGCCGGUGUGUAAGGACCUUUAGUCUUUGCAGCUGGUUCAAAAGUUGAAACCAUGUGUUGUUUACAUAUGUUGGUUGUACUUUUACUGACACUUGAACCUGACGUGCUUUAGCGUUUUUAGACCUUCCACAAAGCUGAGCUAAAAAAAUUUUCAGCUACAGUUUUAUAUUUACCAUAUAAGUGUUACUGAAACAGCUCAACCUCAAACUGAAACGAUUUCAAUAUGGAUGUUACUCUUACAGUAUUUACGAUCAGAGUCUGCAGUUUUCUUAAUGCGUCCUCACCUCAUUAUAGUCGCAUUUACCUGUACAGCUGUGUGUUCAAUGGCGCGUGCCCUUCUUGGCCCUCUUUUGCUUCACUCUGCAGCCACUGAAGGCGCUGCUGUCUCUGACCUGCUUUCCUUUCUGCUGAGCUGGAGAUGCACACACUGCGUCUGGACGGAUGCGACUAGAGUCCAUCCACCUGAAACCGAAAGCGGAGAAGCAGAGAGUUUGUGGGCCGGGAAAGGAACGAUGAGGAUAGAGAGGCGGCUGGUUUCGAAAAUGACCAACGGCCUCUUGAGUGAGAGUAUGUUGUUGUAUGCUGCUAGAUCAGCUGAUGUCGAGUGUCUUACCUGCGCAGUGGAGCUAGCUGGCACGUGCAGCUCCACGGGUUGUUGAUGAGGGUGAGGUUGGUGAUGGUGCCAAACUCAAAGUUUUUUGGAAGAGAUCUCAGCUUGUUGUUGUCCAGGUGCAGCGACUUCACUGCCGUCACCCCAGUGAACGCACCGUCGGAGAACUGGGAAAAGAAAGGAUGUUUUGAUUUUAGCUGCAGUGAAAGAGAACCAUAACUUGCUUUGACACUGCUCGAACAGCUGUGUUGAGUACCUCUUGUACUUGUGUGAGACACUCAAGCAGCCAAAGUAAAAGGGACAUCCAUUAAAUUAAAGAAAACAGCGGAGAAAAGACAGUGAGGGAUGUGAGAGCACACGAGUCGCUCAAGAGAAAAUGACAUCCACCAAACUGAAGAAAACAGCAAAGAGAAUACAGAUAGGGAUGUUAAAACACAGAAUCAACUAAAAAAUAUAAAGGGACAUCCACUAAAUCGAAGAAAACAGACAUGAACUAACCACAAACAGCUAAAUUUGAAACAUUUUAAGAUAAAAUGUGCAUUUGCCAGGAAUAGAGAGUCAUGCGGAGUAUUUUAAAGUCAUCAGAUGGUAGAGUCACAGAUCUGCAGGGAUCAUGUGGUCCUUUUAAAGUUUUGAAUUAGCGUUUUAAAACAGACUUGUCAAAUAUAUUCAGAGAUCCUGUUUUUCUCACGAGAAGUCAAGUUUCACUGAGACAUCUCUGAAUAUUUCAUCAAAUCCACUCUACGUAAUUUAAAAAGCGUAUCAUGUAUUUAUUAACAAACUGGGAACAGCAGCAAAAUAAAAGGAAGACUUUGAGGUGCAAGUUUGAGGAAAAGUGUUUUUGAGAUGAAACGACAGAGAACCAGACAGUUUCCUAAAGAUGCAAACAACGAUUUUAAGCAAGACUUGAAAGAGACAUCAACCAAACUGAAGAAAACUCCAAUCACUUUCAAUUUAGUUAAAUAAUCUUGAGGGCUCUACUUGAAAGAAAUCGUAUCUUUAAUUGGAGGUCUGAUAAUGAGCAUGUGAGACCCUGUUAUGAGGGGUGAACAUGGCGGAUAAUUUAACGCCCUGAUUCCUUAUUUGGACCAACUUUUGAUCAUCAAUGAGUGCAAAUCUUCCAGAAACUUUUGCAGCUAUAGUUGCAAAGCAGAAAGCAGAACUACUCCACGUCCACAUCACAGUGUGUUGACCCAACGCCAACGCCCAUCUCUGUGCCUGUCAGACAUCUGCAAAGCGAGGGAAUCUCUCCAGCGUGUCUCUGGCAUGAAAGCCUCCUCUCAUCCUUCCUGCUGCAGCAGCUCUUCUGCAAACAACGACAGUCACUGCCCUCUUUUUUUUCGUACGCGUCUGCGAGGGUGCUAAAAGCUUCAGAGAGGUGCUACAUGAACCCGUCUACGUCGUGUCAAGUCGAGCCCUCUCCGGCAGGAAGAGGAGGGCGGAUGAGAGAGGAGCCUGGCUUUGAAGGGACGUUUUAUGUGAGUCUGGACGACAUGAGGCUGUUUGGAAAUUUCCACUGUAGAGGCGACAAGAAGCUGAGGCUAGCUGCUGUUUUGAAGCAAUGGAAGAUGGAUGACUUCCAACAUGGCCGAGGUGUUUUUGCUCUUUCUUUCGGGCCACUCCUCUGCCAGGAAGGCUCGCAAAGGGCCCAAUUGUCCAUUCAACUGGGCGAUGGCAAGCUAAAAAUACUCCUCCUCAUGCACUGUGGAACACCCUGCCUCUGUUUACCUGUCUCCUAACCCUUCCUGACCUGUUUACAAGACCUUCCCAGUGAAAGUAGAAAACACACCUCGCUCAAAAUAACACUUGUGUAAUAAUUAGACGAGGACAUGCUUGGCCGGAGUCCAGCAAACAAAAACACUCUAAAAAUACCCGCGUUUGGCUGGAAAAUAGUUUAAUCUUCUCGUCCAUGUGUACAGCUCUCGCCGCCUCCUGCUGCUUCCACCUGGCUCGCACACAGUCUCAGCGUGACAAGGUUGUUAUUUUACAGUUUCCCCCUCCGGGAUGCUUCCAUACUGUGGCACAGGUACACUCAAAUAUUGGAUUAACCUCAAGUAUGAAGCUAAUGUGCACCCAAAAAUGUCUGAAAGAGCUCGUGCUGUGAGCGCUCAGACCGACUGCUCUGAAAGUAUUAGAUUCAUGUCUAAAGUCUGAUCCUUUUUCCACUGAUGAGGACUGAAAUCCAAGAUCAUAGUCCAGAUUUUUAUUAUGCUGCAGUGAAGCUUUUAUGAUCUUAUCUGUGGAUUAAAACCGAUAAAGAUCCAAGAGUUGUCUCCAAACUUCACAGCCUUCUCUACCACUACUGUCUCUACCUCAGUUAUUGAAGUUUGCAUGUGAUCUGACUGCACGCUGAUGUUGUGCGAAGUCAUGCUUUCACAUCCGUAUAGGCGUGCAACACAUCCGCAUCCAAAAGAGUGAAAUGUGCAGAGGAGGACACAUUUGGAGAAUCUGCACAAACACAUAAACCCACUAAUGAUCACUGUGAGGAGGAUCCACUCCAUCAUUAUUGUUUGAAUCCUUAACUUAUACUUUUGCAGUCUGCACAUGUCUCCGUCCGGAUGAAAUAUAGUCACGACUUUUCUGCUCGACCAAAGAAACCAAACAAGCGCUACAGUGAACCUUUAUUUACGACCAACACGCCGUUCUGACUUUUGGACAGAUGUGUUUUACUCAACUGUGAGAAGACAAAUCAUAUGCGAUUGAUUAUUUUACUAAAUCUGAGUAUAAAUAUUCAGAUUUUCAAAUUUAUGUUUUGUUUUAUUUUGGAUCCACCAUUAGUUUUGACAAAAUACGCAGUGACUACUCUUCCUCAUCUCCUCGUCUUCUUUUUGAACUUACAAACAUCACACCUUCAUAACACUCACUCUACACUUCAUUCAUACGGUAGCUCCUAUUCUCUCUCACUUGUUGAAAAAUAAACCAAUACAUAAAUGAGAUGAAGAAAGAAAAGAGAAAAGACAAAAAAGAAAAACAGAACUUAUUUAGGGAUAACAAGAAAACUUGAUCCAUCAGAGAGAAGAGCUGAACUCGGUUUCAUUCAUGCUACUCAAAUACACCUUUAAUUGUUCGUCGAACCAACUUCUGUUCUCACUUGAUCUCUCUUAUCUUGAAAUUAUGGACAACUUUGCAUAUUUUUUAGACACAGCCUCAUCCAGUGUUCAGAAUUCUUCAUGUAAAAUCAGAAUCAGCUGUGUUGUAAUAGUACGUCUGCACAAACAGGGAGUUUAUCUCUGGUUUUGAUCCAGACUUGAGAUACUCUGAUGCCUGCGCUCACAAAGCCGAUCUGAAAAUAUAUAAUUAACGUCUGCGGACGUCGUCACAUUUAGAUUAACAAUAAAUUCUGGUAAGGGAGCGACUUCGUGCUCUUAACAAUGAAAUAAAAGUCGCGUCGUCAACAUCAGUAUCUGCAAAAACGAGUUUGAAAAUAUCAGCAUAUUGGGUAUCAGCGAAAAUCCGGUAUCACGCUCCCCUAUAAUAUUUAAAGUCUAUAUAGACCAAUCACAGACUGACCUUCUCCAGACCCAUGUGGUCCAGGUGGAGUUUCUCCAUGUAGCGGCCAAAGCUCUGGAAGGCGUUGUCCGGGAUCGUCCUCAUGGGGUUCCUCCCGAGCGUGAGCUCCUCCACCACUCUAAGUUUGCUCAUGGCUGCGACGGGAUAGGUGGACAUCCUGUUCCUGUCCAGGUGGAGUAUGGCGAGGUUCUCCACGUCGUCCAGAGAGCCCGGCUGCAGGGUCGUCAGCUCGUUCCCGCUCAUGUGCAGCCAGCGCAGGUCUUUGGCGCCUGUAAAGGUCCCUGGCCGCAGCUCCCGGAGUUUGUUAUCGUUCAGCUGCAGAACAAAGAGAUUGAUCAUGGGGGAGAAGAUGCCCUUUGCCAGGUCGCUGAUCUGAUUCCCGUCUAGGUGGAGGUAGGUGAGCUCGGUCAGGUCAUCGAAGGCACCCGGCUUGAUGUUGUUGAUCUCGUUGUUGGACAGGUAGAGGUAGACGAGCUUCUUCAGCCCCUUGAAGGCCUGGGAUCCGAUCUCUCUGAGCUGGCAGUGCUGCAUGUGCAGAGAGAUGAGUCCCUUACUCUCACUGAAGGCGCCGGUGGGGAUGCUGCCCAGGUUGUUCCUCUGCAGGUUCACCAAACGGGUCACCUCAGACACCCGAGGGAUCUUCUUCAGCCCCACACUGUCACAGAUGACGUGCUGAAGGUCUCCAUGGCAGUGGCACAAGUUAGGGCACUGACCCGGGGCUCCCCGCACUGCAGGGCCCAGGACCAGGAGGCAGGUCCCCAACAGCAACCAGCUCACACACCGCAUGCUGACGAUACCAGAGUAUCUGCUGACUGUUAAAAAUCCAGUGAGAAGCCUGAGAGAGACGGAGAGCUCUGAAGAAGUUAAACUGUGUUUGUGCGCAGAGAGAGAAACAGGCGGAGAGAGAGCGAGAAGAAGAAGAGGGAGUGAAAAGGUGAGGGACGGUGGGCAGUGCAGAGAGACAUUCACUUCAGAGGAGGAUGGCCGGUCAACAGAGCACACUGCGCUAUUUAUAACAUUUACUUGAGGGAAAAAAAUGAGGAGGGCUUGCCAGAGUGUUGGAGUGAGAGGUUUGCAAGAGGAAGUCAAGUGUCUGUGAGAAUUUAACCCUGAACGAGCAGAAAGACGACACAGGACCGCUCAGUCUCUCUGUGCUGCAGAAUUAGAGAAGCUGAUAGUCAACCUGCUGCAGGAUUCACAUGUCCAGACGGACCAUGAACCUCAUGCGUCUCUCAGGCGAGUGUUUGAAUAAACGUGGCAUGAUGUGUGGUUCAACCCAUCAGGGACCUCUCAAUUGUUUAUCAGUCUGUGGCUGCAGGAAAAUGAGCGGCUCCUGUGCGGCUGUUUUAAUCGCUGUAAUAGUCUCCAGAUGGCUGCUGUUUCAGGUCACAGGGAUACUAAAGGAUACUUCCAUCAUCCCAGGAAUGAAAGUUUGAGAUGCCACUUUACAUUCCUGCAGCAUUCUUUCUUCUUAAACCGGCUGCACGUUACGCAAUGGUCUUUUCAGUCUAGCCAGUGAGUUCCAUAUUCAAUAUUCCAUCAACAGACAUAAACUUCUUUAGUAAAGUUACAGGAGAAUAACUGUGUAGUAAAAUGAAACACUUUUCACUCAUGUCCUUAUUUUUAAACCUCCUGUUGGAGGGUAAAAAUAAUCAACAUAUGGACAAUGAACAAGUUUAUAGCCUGAACCAAGGGGAUCAAUCGUCUACGAUACAGAAAGUCUUUACUGCACAAAAUCAACCCAGUUUUUCCAGGAGUUUUUAAAAGUAUUUGUUUUUAGUCUAGAUGAGAAAGUCAUUCUUCAUAUAUUCAUCAUUACCUCUAUUAAACCCUCUAUUUUUUCCGCAUCUGUUUUUAGUUAAUUUCUGGUGAUGGCCUUUCUUUCUUUAUUUAUUUAUUUCUGGACAUGAUUAAUAAAAAAAAUAUAUAUAUAUAAAAAACACACAAAACAACAGUUAAGAAUAAAAUGAAAUAAGUGCCUCACUUAGAAGCACAUCAAUCUCACUUAUCACAACAAAAUAAGAACAAAAACAAAACCGGAGAAUCCACAUGUCCAAAACCUUUUUAGUUGCCACCAACAUUAUUGGAAAUCUGUAUUUUUCUCCUUUUCUCCCGUUUCUCUUUUCCCAAAUAUUAAUCUUCAGAUGUAAGUGGAAGUUGCACUGUCAACAUUUUUUCCAUACUCUUUUUUUUUUUUUUUUUACCUCCUGCCAAAAAGGUUUAAUACCAGAGCAUCCCCAAAAAUAUGAUAAUCAUCGGCCUUAUUCUCCCCACACAGUCUCCAACAUCGUGUGUCUCCAGAUUUCUGUUGUAUUGUAGAGGGAGCAUGUUGUUUUCCACUGUCCUUCGUUUACGUAGUCAGUGAGUUUUUAAGGUGGUUUUGGUUAUUAAACACCAACUGCGAGAGAUUAAAAGCUUUGAGAUAAUUUUCCAUCGUGUGGAAAAUAGCAAUGAAAGGUUUGUAUAGAGGUGCAGCAGGACCGUGACUGGUUCAUGUCAGACGCUGGUUUGGCUUCAGGUGGUUUCAUUUUAAGACGGAUGAAUAAAUGGAAUCUCGAGUUUACUCAUCAAAUCUGGCAUUUUAUUGGGAAUAUCGUCUCCUUCCUGAUUUUCCAGGUGAAGUUCUCACCGCAGCCUCCUCUAUAAGGCCUGAGUGACGGGUCGAAGCGAGGAUGACGCACGCCCAAGGGUCAAGGGUUCAAAUCCAGCCUCUAGUUUAUACACUGAGCCAAACCAGCACCCCAUCAGAGGAGCUUUAAAGCCGUAUUGGACUGAAUAUGGUGCAAGACAAUAUAUCAAAUUUCGAUUAUUUUAUGAAGAAAAUGUUUGUUUGUUUCAAAUUUCAACAAGACUUUUCUAAAAGUUGGGACAGGGACAAAGAAACACUCAAAAAGUUGUUAAAACCAAAAAUUAAAAACACUAAAACUCCUGCGGUGACAUCUUGUAACUUUGCAACAGAUUAUUAACAUGACUGGAGAGAAAAGGAGAUCUCAGAGAGGCCGAGUCUUUCAGAAGGGAAGAUAGAAAGAGAUUCAACACUGUGAGAGACUGCGUGAGCAAGUCGUUCAACAACUUCAUGAUGAUACUCCUCAGCUUUAAAUGUGAAAUGAUGUUUUCCUGGAUGUUGGCUGCUCUGCUGAGGCAGUAGGGGGUGUACAGUUCCUGCAGGGAGGGCAGCCCAUGAUCUCUGAGGAGCGCUGCGGUUAAAGAUGCAGAAAACAGCCUGUAUCUACAGUGACUGAAAGAUAAUGAGUAAUUAAUGGGAGGAAGAUGAGCGGGAUGAUCGUGAGUCACCUGCAUUCACUAUUCUCGUCAUAUCCCUGAAUCCAAAAACAUUGGACGCAAGAUUUUGAUGGUUUUCACAUCAUUCCCUGCUUUAAAAGGAAAGCGGAUCACCUUGUUUGUCUGAAGCUCGCUCUUCAAAAGCCAGCUUUUAUCGUUAUCUCCAGGAUGGUAAAUCUUAUCGUGAUAAACUUGUCACUUGUCAGGAAAGUUGUUUUGGUUGUUUAAGACAGUCUGUAGAUGGGAAAAGUCUCCCCUGUCCUCACAGUCUGCUGUCGGUGUGGUUGACAGAUUGGAUAUGGAACCACAGAGAACAGCCCUGUGACGUUUUGUGCCUCCCCCUUGGACAACCUGGAGAGGAAGAGUGAGACCUGCGGCUACAUCAUGGACCACUUAGAGGUACAACCAGUCUGCAACAUCUAGAACCAGUUAUCCUGCUCUUGACCUGUUGUAUAUUAUAAAUACAAGGCUUAAACUUGAGACUGAGUCCUUCUAUGCUGUUUCACCACCAUGUUUGGCCUGUUACAAGAUCUGCAUACUUCCUCUUCCUCUUUCGGAAAGCCUACCCGGACCAAUUUUAUCUGCUGACUGUUUUUAUUGUUUUGCCCUGUUGCUUGAUUUUACUGUUAUUGUUGUCUUUUUUCUUUUUUUUUCUUUUUUAUUUAUUUAUUUAUUUUUAUUUUUAUUUUUAUAUUUUUUUAUUUUUUAUUUUUUUUUUUAAUGUAUUAAUUUUUUAUUAUUUAUUUGUUAUUUUUAUUUAUUUUUAUUUUUUAUUUUUUAUUUAUUAAUUUAUUUAUUUUUAAUUAAUAAUUUUUUUAUUUAUUUAUUUAUUUAUUUAUUUAUAAUUUAUUUAUUUUUCAUUGUGCGCUUUGAGAUUUGUUUUCAAAUGUAAAGUGCGUUACAAAUAAAAUCUAUUAUUAUUAUUAUUAUCACUUCUCGAACAAUGUGCUUGAAUAAAUGUAAUAAAUCUAUGACUGGACUCCUCCGCAGGCUAAAAUAGUGGACCCUUCAACGGGAGAGGUGGUUCCUCUGGGGACGUUGGGGGAGAUAAUGAUCCGAGGAUACUGCGUGAUGUUGGAGUACUGGGGCGAUAAAGCCAAAACAAGAGAGUGCAUCACUGCGGAGGGCUGGUACAAAACCGGGUGUGUAGAGGUUCAGAGGUUCCUGUUUGUGUCCUCCAAAUACUCUGACCCACUCGUCUGAUAAAUGUCUGAUACUUCCUGCAGAGACAUCGGCAGCAUGGACGCCUACAGCUACCUCAAAAUCGAAGGCAGGAUGAAAGACAUGAUCAUCAGAGGAGGGGAGAACGUGUACCCGGCUGAGAUCGAACAGUUCCUGCAUACGCAUCCCAAAGUCAAGGAGGCUCAGGUGAACUGAUAAAAGCAGCACCUCGAUUUUCCUAAAACACGCAGUGAAGAUUUUAGAGAGAACGUCCACACUCAUGUCUGAACCCCUGACUUCUGUUCUGUGUUUCAGGUGGUUGGAGUUCCAGAUGAACGUUUGGGCGAGGAGAUCUGCGCCUGCAUCAAACUGGCAGAUGGACAAGAGUGCACCCCAGAAGAAAUCAAAGCUUUCUGCAAGGGACAGGUGAGACUUUUAUAAUAAAAACAGAAGUAUCUCACUGGUUCGAACAUCUCUGCUUAAAGUCCGUCUCUUCUUCUGCUCCUUUUAGAUCGCUCACUUUAAGAUCCCCCGUUACAUCCUUUUCGUGACCACCUACCCGCUCACCGUUACUGGAAAGGUAACUCCCUGAAAUCUGUCCUCAUGUUUCUCUGUGUGUGGAAUUUUAGGAUUCCUGUACAUGUGCGAACGGCAGGAAGACGCCGUUUAUUUCACGGCCUUAUAAGAUGGCCUGAGUCCAGACGAGAGAGGAAACAGAUCUAUAAUUAGCAGCUGCUUGAACAGUUUCCAACAAGAGCAUCACCUCCCCUCUGGUUCUAGUGUUGCUCUCGUGGGAUGCUGUUGCAAAUUGCUGCAGACGUGGAGCUGUGUUUGAACAGGCCUGCCCUGAAAGCCCCAGACAGGAGGGAAGGGGAGCUAUUAGCCCGUCUGCACGCACACCAGGUCCUGUUAGAUGAACCCAGAAGGGCGGCGGACCUCGUCCCAAAGCAAAUCAGAUAAAACGGAUCCCUCAUCCAAGACUCCUUAAUUUUUUAGAAGUCUUAUUUCAGCUGAAUAAACCUCUAAGUUUGAACAGAUCUUAGAGUGAGUUCUGGGUUCAAAACAUCGAUACUGGGGUCAAAUUUUCAAACCUGUUUCAGUCUCCAUAUAUGGGUGGAUUUAAACGGACUCGCUGCUGUUUGUUUGAGGUCUUUAGAUGUCAAAGAUGUUGGGAAUUCAGGUCUACAGCAGAGCAGAGCAUUGGCAAGAAAAUCCAGACUCCAAAAAGGUUUGGAUCUGCAGCAAACUGUCAAGGCUGAGAGUCAAACCUGCAAUGAAUGUGACAAGGACCAGCCUCAUCCAUGAAAAUACCCCUGCAAAGAUAUGAAGGAAAAACUUUUCUAAAACAUAAAAGAGGCUCACAAUCAGAGAUCAGCCUGUCAACACGGUUUUCUUUCUUUCCUCAGAUCCAGAAGAACAAACUAGUCGAGGUGGCGAAGGAGCAGCUGGGACUGGUGGAAGGGAAAUAAGAGGAACGUGUAUGAGUGUAUAUCAUGUACCCUAAACACCAGAUGGAAUUACAAACCCACCAUCAGAACAUCUUCAGAUAUCUCAAAUACAGAUGUCAGAGUUUGAAGACUCUAUGCUGAACUAAACAGACCUGUGUCUAUCAGUGUGUAACCGGCUGUAUCCAGAACAUGAAGUUUACCUGUGUAGUGUUUUUACAAUCAACAAAUCCCUCAAAAGACCAAAGUCAAGCGUCACUGAGUGAGUUCACAAAGACUGGGUGAAGCUGAACACGUGCACCAAAGUUAUUUUUUUAUUUUCUUACACAUCCACCUCCUGAUUAUAAGAACCAUUUAUUCUGCUGCCGUCCACUGAUGCACUUUUCACAUCUGGUUGAGUAAUGUCUGAUGUAUCACUGUUUCUACUCUUUCUAAUUUUGACUUCGGACAGAUGUGCUGUUUGAAAGGAUUUUUAUCUUCACCAGGACACUUUGUAUGGAAAAAAGGACUGUAACACAGUUUUUGUUUUCUUUCAGUGUGGACUUUUUUUUCCCCCUCAGAGUUCUGGGCUCAGAAUUUGAGGUCAAAGUUGUGACUUCAAAACUACAUAGAAAAUUCUGAGAUUAAAGUCGGACUUUUGAGACUAAAAAUAAGAUUCAUGUGAAAAAAAGUUAGAAUUCUGGGGAUUAAUUUCUGAUAUUGAAGAUGAAAUUCCUGAAAUAAAGUUGAAAGUUUUAGAUUAUACAGGGAAUUUAGGAUUAAAGUUGUUACUUCAAGAUUACAGUUGGCAUUGUGGGAUUAUAGUUGGAAUUUGGAGAUUGAAAAUUGGAUUCUUAUAAAAGCUUGAAUUCUAAAAAUGAAGCAGGAAAUUUUAGAUUAAAGUUGGUAUUCUGAGAUUAGAGAGAAUUCUAUGUUUAAAGAUGAAUUUGUAGAUUAAAGUUAGAAUUCUGGGAUUAAGACUAGAAUUCUGGGAUUAAAAGCAAAAAUCUAGAUUAAAGCUAGAAUUCUUAGAUUAAAGCGAGAAUUCUUGGAUUAAAGUGGGAAUUCUGGGAUUUAAGGCAGAAAUCUAGAUUAAAGUUGGAACUCUUAGAUUAAAUUUAGAAUUCUUAGAUUAAAGAUAAAAUUCUGAGAUUAAAGGCAGAACUCUGAGGUUAAGACUAGAACUCUGAGAUUAAAGGCAGAAUUGAAAGAACUGAAAAAUCUAAGAAAAAAGUUAGAAGUCUGGCCUUCACGUCACUGACUUUUAAAUGUGUUCUCAGAAUACUUGGGGACAAACAUAGAUCUGACUUUAAUUUUAAUCUUGGAUUAAUCUUUGAUCUUGGAUUAAACUCAAAAUUGUGAGAUGAACUCCACAGAAAAAAAAAAAACUAUCAAUCUAUGAUGAGUCUGACCGUGACUCUAAACUCGGAUCACUUUUGAAAAAAAUGGACUUUGAUUUCAGAAUUAUGAGGAAAGGUAGAAAAUCUGAGAUUAAAUUCCAGGUUUUGAUGCACUUUAAUCUCAGAGUUUGAACUUCAGUCUCAGAAUUUAGGGUCAGAAGUUGAGCCUGAACUGUGAAAAGUGUCACUGAAACUUGAUCUCUGAGGUCUGCUCUGUUGUUUUUUUCUAAAAUUCUGAAUUUUCUGUUAGAAGUUUUUUGUUAAAAAUUGACUUAAAUCUCAGAUUUCUGAUCAGAUUUAGUAACAAACAUGUUUCUGUGAAUCUCAUCCUUCUCUGCAGCUUCGGGAAAGAAAUUGAUAAUUCUUUAGUAACGGUCACUCUUAAACAUAAGUAGAUAUUUUGUCCCCAGCGUUGAUCUGAAACCCCUGCUGUGUACUGAUGUUGUCCAAACUUUGAACCCAAACACACAGAGCAGUCCUCGUACAUGUGAAUGUUGUAGAGCAGCUGAGCCGCUCUCUUCAGGGAAACACAGAGAUGUUUCUGGAGAUCGCUGCAGAACAUUUAGUUGAACCUCCACUUGACUCUUUUAUAUCCAGCAGAACGCUGUCAGUCUUUUUCACAUCAACUUGAAAUAAACGUUGUACCACAUUAUUAAAGCCA